UAUUCUUAUGCAAAAGAACAACAAUAGCAUUUAAACCAGGCAUACUGCAACACAUGAAUCUUACAAUUGCUUGCUGUCUGAAACAACCCUAUGAGUUUCAACAGUCGAGGGAGAAGCCACUGCCACCAAAGGGUUUUGAGUUCCAUGUCAAGAGAAGAAGAAUGGGAGCAAUGGCAGCAAUAAGCUGGGUGGCACUGCUGACAAAAGAAGCACUUUUCACUGAAGCUGCUUCUGGGUUCGAGUUGCCACUUGUAGCGCCUGAUCAGACGGUUACAGAAGCAGAUGACAAAAUCAGAGGGCACGCACAAGCUUUGUUGGAAGUGAAGGAUCUGAUAGAGUUCGAGUCGUGGAGAGAAUUGCAGGCAGCUCUGAGGAAAAGCUCAUCGUUGUUGAAGCAAGAUUUUUACACCAUAAUUCAAGGGAAACCAGCAAGUGAAAGGCCUCAACUCAUGAAGCUUUAUACCAACCUCUUCAACAAUCUUGAUUAUGCAGCUAGGGACAAAGACGCAUCGUAA